AACCGUUUUUGAGACCUUCACGCGAAUUUACACUUCCUUCUUCCUCUUGACUCUUCCAUUCCAUUCUCCAUUUCUCCUCCUUCCGAUCAUGAACCUCAAUCUAACCGUCACCGUCAUUCCCGGUUGCGCAGCCACUCUCCGCCGCCGCAUCGCCGCCGUGGAAUUCAACCACUCCGCCGUCCGUUUUCCACAAUUAACAAAUUGACAUAUUCAUGCAUCCUCUCUGCUGCGUCUCCGCCAUCACCGACAACUCUUCUCCGGUCAAACCCUCACCGUCCGCCGGUCCCCUCGCCGGCCUCUCCAUGCCUCCCUUCCCUUCCGCCGUGAGAUCCGAAUCGUUUCCCCGUCCCGCCGGCCACGGCCACGUCAGUCACAGCGUCACCAACGGCGGCGACUGCAGCCGCGCGAGUCAGCAGCAGCAACAGUUGCCAUCGACGUCGACUUCAGUGGCGGUGGACGUUAGGAUCAACGACCUCGUCGGGAACGGAAUCUCGGGGAUACUGCAUAAGUGGGUGAACUACGGUAAAGGAUGGCGGCCACGGUGGUUCGUGCUCCAAGAUGGUGUUCUCUCUUACUACAAAAUUCACGGACCCGAUAAGAUCGUCGUCAACCCGGAAACCGAGAAGGGAUCCAAGGUCAUCGGCGAUGAAUCCAUGCGUAUCAUCUCUCGCAACCGCAAAUCUCACCGUUCCCUUCAACGAAAGCCCUUUGGUGAAAUCCAUCUCAAGGUUUCGACUAUCCGCGAGAGUAAAUCAGAUGACAAGCGCUUUUCCAUUUUCACUGGGACGAAGAGACUGCACUUGAGGGCUGAGACUCGUGAGGAUCGAGUGGCGUGGAUGGAGGCCUUGCAGGCGGUGAAAGAUAUGUUCCCUCGUAUGUCCAACAGUGAGUUGAUGGCUCCAGUGGACAAUGUGGGCAUUUCAACUGAGAAACUGAGGAAUCGGCUUCAGCAAGAAGGUUUAAAUGAGGCAGCCAUUCAGGAUAGUGAGCAAAUCAUGAGAAAUGAGUAUGCAGCACUGCAAAACCAACUUCUGCUGCUCAAGCAGAAGCAGUUGAUCCUAAUUGACAAUUUACGACAAUUGGAGACAGAGAAGGUUGAUCUGGAGAACACUGUUGUUGAUGAGAGUCAAAGACAGUUCAAUGAUGAAGAGGCUUCCUCUAUAUUAAGGCAGGAAAAAUUUAGUGAAGCAAGUGCAAGUGAGUCUGAGGAUGAUAAUGAUAGAAAUGAUGCGGCAGAGGAAGAAACGGACGAUGAAGACACUGCCUUUUUUGACACUCGGGAUUUUCUGUCGUCAUCCAAUUCUUUUAAAAGUAAUGGAUCUGAGUUAAGGGUUUCAUCUUUCUCUUCAGAUGAUGAAGGGCUCUUAGCAGGUGAAUCAGAAGAUGAUAUCGACCCUUCUAUUAGAUCUGUUGGAACCAACUAUCCUCUUGUUAAGCGGCGUAAGAAAUUGCCUGACCCUGUUGAAAAAGAGAAAGGUGUCAGUCUUUGGUCUUUGAUUAAAGAUAAUAUUGGGAAAGAUCUAACUAAAGUAUGCCUUCCUGUUUAUUUUAAUGAGCCUCUCUCCUCUCUGCAAAAGUGUUGUGAAGAAAUGGAGUAUUCAUAUCUCCUGGACCGAGCAUAUGAAUGGGGAAAAAAAGGUAAUAGCCUCAUGAGGAUUCUCAAUGUUGCUGCUUUUGCUGUAUCUGCCUAUGCUUCAACUGAAGGAAAAAUUUGCAAACCGUUUAAUCCAUUACUAGGGGAGACAUAUGAAGCUGACUUUCCAGAUAAAGGCUUUCGUUUUAUCUCAGAAAAGGUCAGUCAUCAUCCUAUGAUAGUUGCAUGUCACUGUGAGGGUACAGGUUGGAAAUUUUGGGCGGAUAGCAACUUAAAGAGCAAAUUCUGGGGCCGAUCAAUUCAACUUGAUCCUAUUGGCAUUUUGACUUUGGAAUUUGAUGAUGGUGAAGUAUUCCAAUGGAGUAAGGUUACUACAUCAAUAUACAAUCUCAUAUUGGGAAAGCUCUAUUGCGAUCACUAUGGUACAAUGCGUAUACAGGGAAACCGAGAAUACUCAUGUAAACUGAAAUUCAAAGAACAAUCAAUAAUUGAACGAAAUCCUCACCAGGUUCAGGGUAUUGUUCAGGAUAGAAAUGGGAAAACAUUGUCUACAUUAAUUGGAAAAUGGGAUGACAGCAUGUACUAUAUUAAUGGAGACCAUGGUGGGAAGGGUAAAGGUUAUGAAUCAUCAUCAGAAGCCCAUCUUCUAUGGAAGCGGAGCAAGCCUCCCAAGUUUCCGACUAGAUAUAACUUCACUCGCUUUGCCAUCACAUUAAAUGAACUUACCCCUGGAUUAAAGGAAAAGCUGCCACCUACUGAUUCCAGGUUAAGACCUGAUCAAAGGUAUUUGGAAAAUGGGCAGUAUGAGAUGGCGAAUUCAGAAAAAUUACGACUAGAGCAGCGACAACGGCAGGCUCGGAAGAUGCAAGAGAGCGGUUGGAAACCACAGUGGUUUGCUAGGGAUAAAGAAACCGGUAGCUACCGCUUCUUAGGAGGGUAUUGGGAGGCCCGAAAAGAAGGAAACUGGAACUCAUGUCCUGACAUUUUUGGCCAAAUUCCUCCCGAUCAUCUUUCAGACGAAGGAUAAUGUACAGUGUAGCUUGUUAUUUUUUUCCUCCAAUUAUUUUUACUGAUGGGUGUCAGAUGACUACUACAUCACAGUUAAGGUACCCAAUGAAAUUCAUGAUAGUCAAUAGUUUGAAAAUAUGAGCAGGUAAAUAAUGUAAUUCUUUCAAUAGGUUCGUAUAAUCGUUUUCUAAUUUUUAAUUGAUGAAAUCAAUCUUUAAACCUAUGAUUUAAUGUGAA